UACAGCAUGGCCCAAACAGAGAAGAAGGGUGGAUUGCUCCGGAAGUCUUCAGCCUCCAAGAAGCCAUUGAAAGAGAAGGUCGUGUUGAUGUACGAUGAGAUUUUCACGACAGAAGAUCCCAGUAAAUGCAACCCCAGGUUUUGGGAAGAGCUGUUUCUUAUGAAGGUUAACUUGGAAUAUCUGGAAGGCAAGCUAGAGGCCCUGGAUGGGGAAGAGUUGAUGAAGAUAAAAGAUAACAUCAACUGCUUGUUCCAGCACUGCAUCCAGGCACUGGCUGAGGAGCACCCAAUCAGAGUGGUCAAUGCACUACAGACUUUGUGUGCAUUGAUUCGGGGUGUCCAUCAGAAGAACAAAUCCACCUCUGGGUUUGACAUAAUCAACAUGCUUGUGGGUUUUGAUAAGGCAGAGCUCUGUAUGAAGAAUCUGAUGGAGAGCUUGGACUCGCUGCUCUGUGCAGAAGGUUCUGAAAGCCUCAAAAGUUUGUGUCUAAAGCUACUUCUCUGCUUGGUGACGGUGACAGAUAACAUUAGCCAGAACACCAUCCUGGAGUAUGUGAUGAUUAACAGUAUCUUUGAAGCUAUUUUACAGAUUCUGUCCAGCCCACUUAGUCGCAGGGAACAUGGCUAUGAUGCUGUUGUCCUUCUUGCCUUGUUGGUCAACUACAGAAAGUAUGAGUCAGUGAAUCCCUACAUUGUGAAGCUUUCCAUUGUUGAUGAUGAGCCCACACUUAAUGGAAUGGGACUUGUUAUUGCCCAGGCUUUAUCAGAGUACAACAGGCAGUACAAAGAUAAAGAAGAGGAGCACCAGAGUGGCUUCUUCUCAGCCCUAACCAAUAUGGUGGGCAGCAUGUUCAUAGCAGAUGCUGAUGAGAAGAUAUCAGUCCAGACAAAUGAAGCAAUUCUUCUGGCCCUCUAUGAAGCUGUUCACUUAAACAGAAACUUCAUCACAGUCUUGGCACAGAGCCAUCCCGAGAUGGGGCUGAUGACAGCACCGACCAGCCCAGUUCCAACAACACCUGUCACUCCGCUCGGAACAACCCCGCCUUCCUCAGAUGUUAUAAGUUCUGCAGAGCUGCCUUUGGAUGCUGAUGUACAAACCAGCAACCUGCUGAUAACCUUCUUGAAGUACAGCUCAAUUGUGAUGCAGGACACAAAAG